GUAGGAAAUUGGAAACUGAAUACAAGUGAAAUACCGUCGAGCCAAAUCGUUCACUAAAUAACACCCGGCGUCAAUUUCCCCCUUAGGGUGUCCAAUAAAUGACUAUUAAAUCUGUUUUUCACACACCUUUCGAGGUAAGGUUACGCCUAUCACAGGUGACGCACGGGACGUAACACGGAAGUAACGACGUGAAAGUCGUCCGCUGAGGAUACAGAAGCUUCCUGUGAAAAUAAGGUGUCCUAUGUUAACUUCCAAUUGAGAGAGAAGGAUGGUCAGCAUGGAGCUCUAGAAGUGUCAGGACCACCAUGGAAGCGCCAGUCACAGCCUCCCCUCCCCCCAACUCCUCCAACCUGCCCGUCCCACUGCCCCUCCAUCCCGCCCUGGCCCCUUCGGUCCAGCUCGGCUUCACCAUCCUGUACACGGUGCUGUACGGCAGCCUCUUCCUGGCGGUGUACGCCGAGCUCUGGCUUCUCUACCUCUACAGACACAAACGAUGGAGCUACCAGAGCGUCUUUCUUUUCCUCUGCCUCCUGUGGGCGGCACUGCGCACCACCUUGUUCUCAUUUUACUUUCAAAACGCGCUGGAGGCCAACCGUCUACCUGCAGUGUUCUACUGGCUACUUUACUGCUUCCCCGUCUGCCUGCAGUUCUUCACUCUGAGCCUUAUCAACUUGUAUUUCACUCAGGUUCUGCUCAAAGCCAGGGAGACUUACAACUCAGAUGUAGAAAAACAGCUGUGCAGAGCCCGAUGCAUGUAUGGGGUGCUGAAUGCUGUCUUCUUCUGCGUUAACGUGGGCUGCGCAGCUCUCGGAGGCCGCGGUGAAGACACGGGGGAGCGGACUUGGACUCUGGUCCUAGUCCGGGUGCUCGUCAACGACUUACUGUUCAUCCUGAAUGCGGUGCUGCUCGCUGCCCUGCUUCUGAUGCUGACGAGACACUCGCGCUCCACGGGGCCCUACCUGACCAGCAAGGGUACCACAGUGUGUCGCACAGCAGCCCUGGGCGCCACAGUCAUCUUCCUCUUUACCAGCCGGGCUUGCUACAACUUGAGCGUCCUGGUUUUGUCUCAGCACCACCACGUCGAGUCUUUUGACUUUGACUGGUACAAUGUCUCUGACCAGGCUGACUUGCGUAAUGAACUAGGCGACAGGGGCUACCUGGCCUUUGGCGCCAUCCUCUUUAUCUGGGAGCUGCUCCCAAGCAGUCUGCUCAUCCUCAUCUUCAGAGUCCGCAGGCCUGCUCAGGAGGGCAAUCAAGUCAGCAACCUGAACGUCAACAACAGGCCCCUACCUCGUCCUUAUUUCUUGGAUGACCCUCAGGGUAAUGAGGAGGAAAUAGCACCUCUGUGGACUUCCACCUACCAGCCUCACUCGAGUUGGUACGGAUCGGAGACCGCUCCUCUUCUGUUUGCCAGCAAACCCCCAGACCGAAGUCACCAGCAUCAUUCUUUGUACUCCACGCCCCAAAACUGAUGCACAGACGUGGUCAUCUCAAGGAAAAGCAAAAGCCAGUUUGUUUUUUUGCACUGAAAACCUCAGGAACUGUCACCAAUCAAUAAUUGCACUUUUUAGCGUUUUUACCAACUACAUCAAAACAUAUUUUGUUGUUUCUUAAAGGGAACCAACUCAGAAUGCCAAACAUUUGAGUCGGUACUCUGACAAGGUUGAACUUGGGUUUGGCUGCAUUUUUUUUUUCACUUUUCUAGAGGUCAAUCAACUAUUAAAAUAAGCUCUUAAAUGUCCUUGAAACGCUUCAUUAGCAUUCCUCUUUAAAAGAAUGUAAGAGUGGGCUGACCAGUAAUAACAGCUUUUCAUCACUGCACUCUUUACUAUCCCACUGGUUUGUGUAUAUUAUUUUAAAAUAUUUUCCAUAGUCAUUUUUCAACUCUUCUUUUGUGAUUAACCUUUAUUUUUGAUGAAACCCUUACUGGUAAUUUAUUGUAUUAACAGUUUGGCUGACAAUUGUAGAAAGACAUUUAAUGUGGCUUUGCCUCGAUCACAUUUACUGUGUAAAGAAUUAAACUCUAUUUGUACAGCCUG